UUAGGCAGCACUGCAGAUCCGCCCGACUCAUACAUACUAACUUGAUACUAACAGGGCUUCUAACAGGAAUCCUAGCACUCGGGUGUAAUCACAAUAUCAUGGAGGACCACAAUCGCGUGCAUUUCCCUCCGCCAAAAAUCGAUCUCACGGGUGCUCUCGGUGUCAUCGAGGACAUGAUGGAAGGCCAAGUCGUCCCAGAUUCCACUGGGCGCACAGAUCGUGAAAAUCCGCCCAUUAUUUUCGGUGCUGGCGGUCCAAUGCUCAAGCAGUUCGAUCAGUCCGCAGCGUCAAGCCGCAAGGGCUCCCAGGCACCCACUCCUCCGCGUUCCGUCGUGGGCAUCGGCAACAAAGUUGCAAAGCCUGACUAUUCGGAGGCAAAGAUCGUCCUUGCCAUGGUCGGGUUACCUGCUCGCGGAAAGUCAUACCUAAGUAACAAGCUUACGCGAUAUUUGAAGUGGCUCGAAUACGAUGUCCAGGUAUUUAAUGUUGGUCAACUUAGGCGCUCGCGUGCCAGACAGAAGGCACUUCAGAGUGGAAUCCGGGAAGACCACAACUCGGAUUACUUCAGCCACAACAACGUAGAGGCGACCAGAGCUCGCGAAAGCCUUGCAGAGGAAAGUUUGGAAAUGCUCAUUAACUGGUUGAAGAAGGGAGGGAAUGUCGGUAUACACGAUGCAACGAACAGCACUCGUCGGCGACGAGAAAAUAUUGAAGCGCGCGUCAAGCAGGAAAAGGGCAUCCAAGUUAUAUUCCUGGAAUCCGUCUGCAAUGAUCCGGCUGUCAUCGCUGCAAACAUCGCGCUCAAGGUGUCUUCCGGUGAUCCAGACUACAAGCACCUCCCUAAAGAAGUGGCCGAGCGUGACUUCAUAAGACGCAUUAAGGAGUAUGAGGCUGUUUAUGAGACAAUCACUGAACCACACCUUUCAUACCUUCGAAUAACGGACGUUGGCAACGAAGUUACAUUGUCCCGCAUCAAUGGGUACCUACAAAGCCGCAUCGCAUUCUACCUCAUGAAUCUUCAUGUCAAGCCUCGCAAUAUCUUCAUGUCGCGGCACGGCGAGAGUCAAUUCAACGUUGAGGGGAAAAUUGGUGGAGAUGCUCCGCUUUCCCCGCGCGGAAUGGAGUAUGCUCGCGCCCUUCCUGACCUUAUCCGGAAACACGUUGGAGAUGCAUCUUUGACCGUCUGGACCUCCACCCUCCAGCGCACCAUACAAACGGCUCAAGACUUACCCUAUACCAAACUGACAUGGAAAUCACUGGACGAAUUGGAUGCCGGCGUAUGCGAUGGGAUGACCUACGAAGAGAUCGAGUUAGCGUACCCCGAAGAUUUUGCAAAUCGUGACGAAGACAAAUUCAAUUAUCGUUACCGAGGAGGCGAAUCAUACCGUGAUGUUGUCGUACGAUUGGAGCCUGUCAUAAUGGAACUCGAGCGGCAGGAGAACAUCUUGAUUGUCGGCCAUCAGGCUAUCUUACGCUGCUUAUAUGCGUACUUCCAUGAUCUGCCGCAGGUUGAUCUUCCCUAUAUUAAAAUACCGUUACACACCGUUAUCAAGCUGACUCCAAAAGCGUACGGUUGCGACGAAGAGAGGUAUACCCUGCCCAUAGGCGCGGUUGAUACUCAUAGACCGAAACCGAAGGCCCCUCAGGUGCAACUCCCCCAAGCCCAGAGUGCAAGGGAAUAUUACGCCAAGGAUGUUUAAUUUCCGAUUACUUAUGACUACAUACCAUAGAAGAUGCAAGCCGGAAGGGUCAUUUAUGCUGUUUCUCCAAAUGAAAGAUUAUAUAUAGAGUAACUACGCGUUCUGUAGGUAUUUCAUCGAACGAACAUGGGGUACAUGUGAAUGUGUUACUUGAUUUACC